CCACAUGACCUUAUCAAGCCAAAUCUCAAGUAGUACUCUUCAUUUUCUACUGUCUUUGCAUUAAUAACAAUGGCUGCCACAAAGCUACUGCUUGCCGACUUAGCAUCCGACGUGAAAUAUGUUCCGUCUAACUACAUCCGUCCUAUGUCCGACCGCCCGAAUCUCGACAAAGUUCACACGUCCGGCGCUUCCAUUCCUCUCAUUGAUCUUCAAGGCCUCCGAGGCCCAAACCACCGCGAUAUUGUCAAACAGAUUGGCCAAGCUUGCCAACAUGAUGGUUUUUUUCAGGUUACAAACCACGGGAUACCAGAGGAGAUUGUUAACAACAUGCUGCGAUUAGCAAGGGAGUUUUUUAGAUUACCGGAGUCGGAGAGGCUGAAGAACUACUCCGACGACCCUUCGAAAACCACUAGGCUUUCCACUAGCUUUAAUGUCAAGACUGAGAAAGUGGCAAACUGGAGGGACUUUCUGAGGCUCUAUUGCUACCCUCUUGAGGACUUCAUCAACGAAUGGCCAACAAACCCUCCAUCCUUUAGAAAAGACGUAGCUAAUUACUGCACGAGCGUGAGAGGACUAGUUCUGAGAUUAUUGGAGGCGAUAUCGGAGAGCUUAGGCCUAAACGUGGGCUACAUUGAGAAUGCAUUGGGCAGGCAUGGGCAACACAUGGCAAUGAAUUACUACCCACCAUGUCCACAGCCAGAUCUCACUUAUGGAUUGCCCGGUCACACCGAUCCGAAUCUGAUCACAGUUCUGCUCCAAGAUGAUGUUCCUGGACUUCAGGUCCUCAGAAAUGGAAACUGGGUUGCAGUCAAUCCUAUUCCCAACACUUUCAUUGUCAACAUUGGUGAUCAGAUGCAGGUAAUUAGCAAUGAUCGGUACAAAAGUGUUCUACAUCGAGCCGUGGUUAACUGCAACAAGGAACGUAUAUCUAUCCCAACUUUUUACUGUCCAUCACCAGAUGCAAUUGUAGAGCCCGCCAAGCACUUGAUCAACGAGGAUGAACCCGCGGUCUACAGGAGCUUCACAUAUGCCGAGUUCUACAAAAAAUUUUGGGACAGAGGACUCGCAACCGAGUGCUGCUUAGACAUGUUCAAAAAAACUUGAUGUGUUUGCGCCGUUAGAUAACAUAAAUGUACUCUAUUUCUUUUCGAAAGAUGUUUAAGGGCAUCACUAAUGCUAAGCACCACCAUUUAAUAGAAGACGGUUCCACUUGUAAGAUGUUUAAGGGCAUUACUAAUGCUAAGCACCACCAUUUAAUAGAAGGCGGGUUCCACUUGUGAGUCCCACGCUGCAAAAUCCACCUUCUAUUAGAUGAUAGUGACAUUGCUCUUUCUUUUCUCCCCAUGUGCAUUUAGGUAGAUAGAUGUAAUGUAAUAUUUCAAAAGGGUAUGCUCUA